GUCUCGAGCUCACCGCUGCAGUCCCCACCUUUGUCCACCAGGUGGCAGCUCUACACCGGCAGUUUCUCUCUGAGUGAUCGGAACAACAAACCGAACGGAGCAAGCGGGGUAAGAGCGUGUCCAAAACCGCCUCUGACCGCCACUUUCAAACUACAUCCGUGAAAUAGCCGCGAAUGCGCACUUUAAAGCCACUGGAGUCCAUCUAGCGCUUCAAGAAGUCCUUCUAAACAAUCCGGAACCGACCCUGACGAUCGGGUUUAUGAGACAAAAGUACCCGCUAUUGCCCUGCGUGUAUGAAGACAAAGCCCUUGAUAAGUUGAAGUGGACCAGAAGAUGUUAAAGAAAUGAUAGCUGCACCGGAAUUACAAACAGAGUUUCAUUACGCUCAGGACACUGACACCCGAUUCUCAUCAGACACUGAUUUCGAUGAUCCUGAUGGGAGGAAUGUCUUUGCUGGGAAAGGGAAGGCGAAGAAAGGAAAGAAGGGCCCUGGAGAGAAGGGGAAAGGAGCGGGGAAAGGGCCUGGACGCAUGAACGGUCACCACCAGGAAAACGGCAUGGAAAAUGUCAUGCUUUUUGAAGUGGUCAGGCUGGGAAAGAGUGCCAUGCAGUCGGUCGUUGAUGACUGGAUUGAGUCCUACAAACACGACAGAGACGUCGCACUUCUUGACUUGAUCAAUUUCUUCAUCCAGUGCUCUGGCUGCAAAGGUGGUGUCACUGGUGAGAUGUUCCACAACAUGCAAAACUCUGAGAUCAUCAGGAAGAUGACAGAAGAGUUUGAUGAGGACAGCGGUGAUUACCCACUCACCAUGGCCGGGCCGCAGUGGAAGAAGUUCAAGUCUAGUUUCUGCGAGUUUAUUGGCGUGUUGGUGCGGCAGUGUCAGUACAGCAUCAUCUAUGACGAGUACAUGAUGGACACGGUCAUCUCACUGCUCACCGGACUCUCUGAUUCUCAAGUCCGAGCCUUCAGACACACCAGCACACUGGCAGCUAUGAAACUGAUGACGGCCCUCGUGAAUGUAGCUCUGAACCUCAGCAUUAACAUGGACAACACUCAGCGGCAGUACGAAGCAGAGAGGAACAAGAUAAUUGGCAAGAGGGCCAACGACAGACUAGAGCUCCUGCUUCAGAAACGCAAGGAGUUGCAAGAAAAUCAAGAUGAGAUUGAAAACAUGAUGAAUGCCAUUUUCAAGGGUGUCUUUGUUCACCGAUAUCGUGAUGCAAUAGCAGAGAUCCGGGCGAUCUGCAUCGAGGAGAUUGGCGUGUGGAUGAAAAUGUACAGUGAUGCAUUUCUUAACGACAGCUAUCUUAAGUACGUGGGCUGGACCAUGCACGACAAGCAAGGUGAGGUGCGUCUGAAGUGUCUCACGGCUCUGCAGGGGCUGUACUAUAACCGCGAGCUCAAUGCCAGGCUGGAGCUCUUCACAAGCCGCUUCAAGGACCGCAUUGUGUCCAUGACGCUGGACAAGGAGUACGACGUUGCAGUGCAAGCAAUAAAACUGCUCACACUGGUGUUACAUAGCAGUGAUGAGGUUCUGACUGCAGAAGACUGUGAGAGUGUUUACCAUCUAGUGUAUUCAGCCCACCGACCCGUCGCAGUGGCAGCAGGAGAGUUCCUCUUUAAGAAACUGUUCAGUCAUCGAGACCCUGAAGAUGACAGCAUGCCCAAGAGACGAGGCAGACAGAGUAUGAAUGCCAACCUCAUCAAAACCACUGUCUUUUUCUUCCUGGAGAGUGAGCUUCACGAGCAUGCAGCUUACCUAGUGGACAGCAUGUGGGACAGUGCAGCAGAGAUCCUGAAGGACUGGGAGUGCAUGAUCAGCCUACUACUGGAUGAGCCAUUGCCUGGAGAGGAAGCUCUGACGGACAGACAGGAGACGGCUCUGAUAGAGAUCAUGCUGUGUACCAUCCGUCAGGCUGCAGAGUGCCAUCCUCCUGUGGGCAGAGGCACAGGCAAGAGGGUUCUGACAGCGAAGGAGAAGAAGACUCAGCUUGAUGACCGGACGAGAAUGACGGAGCUCUUCGCUAUAGCAUUGCCAGCUUUACUUGCAAAGUACUCUGUGGAUGCAGAGAAAGUGACAAAUCUGCUGCAGCUGCCCCAGUUUUUUGAUCUGGAGAUCUAUACCACAGGGCGUUUGGAAAAGCACCUGGAUUCAUUGUUAAGACAAAUCCGAGAGAUUGUGGAGAAGCACACGGACACAGAUGUGCUCGAGGCUUGCUCUAAAACCUACCAUGCCCUGUGCAACGAGGAGUUCACUAUCUUUAACCGAGUGGAUAUUGCCCGUAGCCAGCUCUUGGAUGAGCAAGUGGAUAAAUUUAACAGGCUACUGGAGGACUUCCUGCAGGAGGGUGAAGACCCAGAUGAAGAUGAUGCUUAUCAAGUUCUUUCCACACUGAAGAGGAUCACAGCUUUCCACAAUGCUCAUGACCUUUCCAAAUGGGACCUCUUCACCAGCAACUACAAGUUACUGAACACUGGUAUUGAAAACGGAGACAUGCCUGAGCAGAUUGUCAUUCACGCACUGCAGUGCACACAUUACGUCAUUCUUUGGAGCUUAGCCAAGGUCUCUGAGGGCACUUCUAAAAAGGAGGACAUGUUGACUCUGAGGAAGCAGAUGAGGGCGUUUUGUCUAAUGUGCCAGCGUUACCUAACCAGCGUCAACACUGCCGUCAAAGAGCAGGCCUUCACCAUCCUCUGUGACCUGCUGCUGAUCUUCAGCCAUCAGAUCAUCUCAGGGGGGAGGGAAGCUCUCGAGCCCCUAGUAUACACACCCGAGGCGUCCCUGCAGUCCGAGCUUCUCAAUUUCAUCCUGGACCACAUCUUCAUUGACCAGGAUGAAGACAGCAACAGCACAGAUGGGCAGCAGGAUGAUGAAGCCGGAAAAAUCGAAGCUUUGCACAAGAGGCGAAACCUGCUGGCCGCAUACUGCAAACUCAUUAUCUACAAUGUAGUUGAGAUGAACACUGGGGCAGAUAUUUUCAAGCAAUACAUGAGGUAUUACAAUGACUACGGUGACAUCAUCAAGGAAACUAUGAGCAAGACGAGACAGAUCGACAAAAUCCAGUGUGCAAAGACACUCAUUCUGAGUUUACAGCAGCUGUUCAAUGAUAUGCUGUCAGAUAUGGGACUCAGCUUUGACCGCUCAUCCUCAGCUUUCUGCGGCAUUAAAGAACUCGCUCGACGCUUCUCUCUGACUUUUGGUCUGGAUCAGCUCAAAACCAGAGAGGCCAUUGCCAUGUUACACAAGGAUGGUAUCGAGUUUGCCUUCAAAGAGCCCAAUCCUCAGGGGGAGGGACAUCCUCCUCUCAACCUGGCUUUUCUUGACAUUCUCAGCGAGUUCUCAUCCAAACUCAUGCGUCAGGACAAACGGACUGUGCACAUGUAUUUGGAGCGCUUCAUGACAUUUCAGAUGGCCCUGCAGAGAGAAGACUGCUGGCUGCCGCUCAUCUCUUACAGGAACUCACUGCAGGCAGGGGGUGAUGAUGACACAAUGUCUGUGGUCAGUGGCAUCAGUAGCCGAGGCUCCUCCGUCAGAAGUAAAAAAGCUAAGCCUGCCACUGGCAAGAGGAAAUUACCAGAAGAGGAGAGCAGCAGCAGCAGUGAAGUAUGGAUGAGCCGUGAGCAGAGCAUGCAGACGCCCGUCAUGAUGCCUUCACCCCACCUCACCUCCACCGUCAUGAGAGAGCCCAAACGCCUGUGUCCUGAGGAGAGCUACAUGGGGGUGUACACCAUGACCCCCGAUCAGCAGCAGCAGCACGCACACCCUCAGACUCCUCAGCCACAGCACCACCAAACAGCCAUAGACUACAACACACAAGUCACUUGGAUGUUAGCACAGAGACAGCAGCAAGAGGAAGUGGCCAGACAGCAGCAGGAGAGAGCUAUGAACUACGCCAAAUUAAGGAGCAACCUUCAGCAUGCUAUUCGUCGAGGAACAGGCCUUAUGGAGGAUGAUGAGGAGCCCAUUGUGGAAGAUGUGAUGAUGUCAUCAGAAGGCCGAAUUGAGGAUCUCAAUGAAGGCAUGGACUUUGACACCAUGGAUAUUGUGAAUCCCCCAUCGAAGAAUCGACGAGAGCGAUCGGAACUGAAGCCCGACUUUUUCGACCCUGCCUCCAUCAUGGAUGAGUCUGUAAGAAGCACUCAUUUCCUGGGUUAUGAUGCUUUUCAGCGGUAACUCGUUCACUCCGACACUAAGGACGUGAAAAAGAGAUCACCACUAGAUGGCACUAGCAGGAGUGAUUUCAGAUAGUUUGAAUUGCCCUUGUGCAAAAAGACAGAGAGGGGAGAGAGCAUCUCACUAUAAUAAAUACUAAUCAGACCCAUCUGGACUGAUGAUUGAAUGAAACGUUUGUUUGGUAAGUCUAAACACUGAACUGAAUUUGAACAUUUUCUCUUGUAGGUCCUGGGAGUGCCCAUGUUUUAAGAUUAUAAUUGGAGGCAUGUGAAGAGAAGAGACGUUUUGUGUGAAUUCACAUUGAUUCUCUAAAGAGAAUUCAAUUCAAUGGAGUGAUUGGCAUCCAAAUCAGCUCGUACCAUUGACACUUACUAAAACGCAGAAAGGAUAAAGGAGCAAUUCAAAGUCUUUGCAAUCGUUGUGUGGGCUUUCCCUGAUCGUGCAAAACAGUGACGGUAGAUACUGAAUACCAUGGAAUCUUGGACCGUCCUAGCCAUACAUGAGUUUAUGAUAAAAAAAAAA